AUGGGCGAGAUUGUCCGUAUGGACAAUGACACUAUUAUGGAAGGUCUUUCUGCGAAGCUACGAGCUCCAGUCAAGGCAGUCGAGGUCAUGAAGAAAAUUGUUACUGGAACAGCCACAAUCCACAGGAAUGUCGCUGAGCAAUUCGGGAUAAAUAGUGUUCGAUAUUACCGCUUCAACGUGGACCACGGUCUCGAAGGCGUCAAGUUGUUCGACUACAAGAAGAGAGAAGAUAUGGAAGUCGACACCACAGCAUACCUUGAUAAGAUCGAAGUCGGAAGAGAAUUGAAGAGAUGUGUCGAGGUCAUGAAGGUUCUGCCACUAAGGGAACCAAGUCUACUCAACAGCCAGAAUGACGAGGCAAAUGUUUACAGCUUGGGCGAAAAUGGAACUCCUGAAGAACAGAGAAUCAUGGACAGGUUGAAUGCUCUGAGAAUCAAGCCCGAGUGUUUCACCCGCCAUUGCAAAGAGUGGGAAAGCGAAGUAAACAGAGAAGGAGCUAGGUAUCACAAACUUCUCUACACCGAACUAGGAAUAGGAUAUAUGUGGAACGCAGUCGUCCAAGCAGAUUUACUCGAUGAACGUGGUCGAGAGAUUCUAUCCUCAUGCACACCAAAUCCCAACCGUCCGCAGCUCCUCAUCUCUCAUGACUGCAAGGCGGACGCAUACUAUAGUCCCGAAGACGAAACGCCCGAACGCACAGCAGCCAGGAUCGAGCUUGCUAACAAAGACCUAUCAAAUGCGUUCCAAAUAUUCAGACAACUUCUUUGUACGGUAGCAGGUAUCUGGGAUGAGAGCAGUUUUCCUUAUUGUUGGAUAGCGAAACGCAUGGCUGGUAUUCUUGAGAUUUGGGGAUGUCGUCGUGAAGCAAGGAAUCUCUACCUGGUGGCGAGGGAUGGCAAGGUUAAGUGCAUUCAGCUUUGA